UAUAAUUUAUAACUUUUUACUUUUAUCGAGUUCAAAGGAAUGUAAUUGUGCGCAUGCGUCAAUUUCUCUAGAUAUCGAAUGAUCGACUGUAGUAUACCAUACAGUAUCAAAGCACGUUUCGAGAAUAUAAGUUGAGGUUAGCUUUCGUAUUUGUUAGAAAAAUGUAUCUAAUGUAUUAUUUAAAUGAAAAUGGGGAUCGUAUAUAUACGUUAAAAAAACUUGAUCCAAAUGGAAAACCGACUAUGUCUGCACAUCCUGCUAGGUUCUCUCCAGAAGACAAAUACUCGAGAGAACGAAUUACGUUAAAGAGAAGAUAUGGUUUACUUCUAACUCAGGCUGCGAUGCCAAUUUACUAAUCCAUUAUUUCAAAUUAAAUAAGAUAGAUAUAUAUUAUUAUAUUAUUAGAAAUAUGUUCAUUAUGCGUUUCAUCCAGCUUUUGACACAUAUGGAAUGAAAAUUUUUUUUAAAGUUUAUACCAAUAGAAGCAAAUAUUGCACCGUGUCAUUUACAAUGUAAUAUAUAUCAUUGUUUCAUACAAAUGUCUUUUAUUAACGUUUGAUAUAUAGUUUGAUAUUAUAUAUAAAAAAUAAACUUACUUUAUCGUACAGCAAUUUCAAUCAAAAAUAUGGUAAAACUUUGCUAGAAAACUGUGCCGGUGAAAAAGUGUACAUUAAAUCAAAACAAUUUCAUGAGAAAAUAUAAAUAACCGAAACAAUAUGUGUAAUUAGAUAAUUGAAAUAAAUCAGAAAUACUCGUUUUAGUAUCUAA